AUGCAAAGAAACUCUUACUGUAUUUGGACGCUGUGCCUUCUUUCUCUGUUAAUGCAAGGAGAUGGAAACCCAAUUCCUAAAGGAAAAGCUAAAACAGUAAGAGGUAAAAUAAAAUCUGAAUCAUUUUCUUAUAAAUUGUUAGGCGGCUUGUAACUGAGUCAUUUGAUCUACACGCUCGUUUAUCAUGAUCACCUAACUUAUAUUCUAAAAAAAAGAGAUGUUUCCAUAUCAAUCAAAUCCUUGAAGAAGAGGCCUAUCAAAGCUGAUAGGAAUAAAGGCAGAUAGGGCCACAUGAUUGCUUCAGACUGGUACGCGGUACGCUACAAAAAUAAUUGGUGACAAACCAAGCUUUAUUAAUCAUCAUUAUGAUAAUAAGAAUGAUGAUAAUGAUGAUGAUGACGAAAAGUAUAUAUAUCUUAUUAGACAUAUUGGUGUGCAGAAAUAAGUAUGGCUAUUAUUAACGACUACUCUUACCACUACUUUUGGUAUGACUUUAUCUUUAUUUUGUCAUAAAAAGAGGUAUAUGUUUCGGUUAAUCGCAAACCGAUGAAAUGUCUUUCAUAGGUAAAAAGGCUCCGAUGAAAAGGCAGUUUGUUUAUUAUCCUCAAACAGUAGCAGUCGUUAGCUACCCGUAUCAGCGCAGCAAUGUCGCGCACAAACAAAGACUGCAAACUGCCAGAAAUAGUAAGUACUUUGCAAAUGAUGUUUCCCUAACAAAGAAAAGUAUAAUUUAAACUUCACAUAAUCAGUUCGUUGGACUAUCGUAAAAAAUUCUAAAUGAAUCACCAAAACCAACCGGACGAAGGUUAGUAUUGCAUGGAAUCGAUGAGAUUUCAAAGCAAAAACAUUUCAGUAAACUGUAUUCAACGCAGGAAGACCCCAUUGCAAGUCGCAAUUGGUUUUUGUCUUACAUCUACGGAUUAUUUGAAAAGAAUUUGCAAGUCAUCGAGAAAAGACAGGGAUGCAAAAUCAAUUCGAAUUUGUUUCCUCAAAAUUUUCUUGAAAAAAGCUGACAAGUAGUUUUCUUGAAACUUGUUUCUGACUAGAGUAGGUCGCCAUUCUUGUGGAAGACCUAAGACUAGGACUGAAUUUUUCUGACGUUAGGCCCUCACGAGAGGAUAUAAAUGAUAUUAACCCUUUCUCUUGUAAAAUUUCCUCUUACAAUCUCAUAACUUGGUAUUCUAAAAAAACGCACAAACGUGGCAAAAUCUCACGCCUACUGUUCCGUGAUAAAGCACAACUCAAGAUGAUCUCCUGUUGAAAGCCUUUGUGUAAUGCUUCUGUUAAAUUUACUAUCCUCAAAAUUUGAGUGAAUAGGCCUUGAUCUUUUCAGUGAUUGUUUUUUUUUAUAUUUAUAAGAAAACUGUCAGAGGACAUGUCAACAGAGAUGCACUCCAGAUUGUGACUUUACCUGCUGUGUAGCGACACCCAAUCCUGUGUUGGCUCCACCACUUACUCCUCGCCUAACUGUUCCUGUCGUAUCGUGUGCCUCCUACUGCCCAAGCGCCUGUUAUCCAGACUGCAGCCCUAGCUGCUGUAAGCCAAAGCCAGCUCAUCCGAUAGCUCCACCAAUGCCACCACCCCCUCGUCCUCCUCCCAUACCACCUGCCUGUCCAACCAACUGCCCGAUGUCUUGCUAUCCGCAGUGUUCACAGUCAUGUUGUCAACAGUCACCAACUUAUGCACAAGUUUAUAAACCGUUGGCAAUACCUCCUCCUAUAAGGCAGUGCGCUCAAGUCGGAUGUUCACAAGCUUGUUAUCCCAAAUGUUCAUCCCAGUGUUGUGGUGCUCCCCAAAUUCCCUCUGUGCAAAUGCAGCCACCACCGCCUCCUCUCAUUGCCCCGUCAGCUGUGCCUCCGAUAGUUAUUCCACUUCCACUUCCUGUCCCACAAUGUCCAGCUCCUUGCCCAGCUUCCUGUCUACCAUCUUGCACUCCACAGUGCUGCACAGGAGCACAGCAACAAUUUCAACCUCAAACACAACCUCCUCCCAUAAUCAUCCUGGAGCCUCCAGCCGCUCCACAGCCGUCUACGUGUCCUGCACCUUGUCCAGCAUCGUGCUCCCCUCAGUGUAAUCCAACUUGUUGCUCUCCAUCGACAAUAAUGGCUUCUCCUAAGCCGCCUCAAUCCCCGCCUCGCCCCCCAAUACGUCCAUUUCAACCACCACAGGCUUCAACUUGCCCUGCACCUUGCCCAGCAUCGUGUCAUCCACAAUGCAGCCCAACUUGUUGCUCUCCAACUGCCAUGCUGGCCCCACCUCCACCUUCAUUACCAUCCAGCCUACCUGCUCCCUUUGGGCAGACAUGUCCAGGAUCAUGUCCCAGUUCGUGUGCACCAAGUUGCAGCACAGACUGCUGUUGCCAGCCGCGGUAUGACCCUAAAGAUCUCAGGGGCUUGUUUCCACUAGACUCCUCUCCGGAUUGUCCAACAACUAACGACUGA